ACGGAAAGCUAAGGCAGAAACGGAGACGAUGCUGCCGUCGUCCUUUCUGGUUUUCCCUUCUGUCAGGAUAGAGCCCAUGUGAGGUUUGCCUUUCCACUCGUGUGAAAAAAAACCCCAAAUCUGAAGACCUGCGCUGGAGGCACCCUUACAUUCAACACAUAUGGAUCCCGUGCUACAUUUUGCUGUUUCCCUUAUUUCAGCACUUUCUUAUGCAAGGAGCUAAACAUUGAUUAAAGGAGCAGGAUGAAAAGAUGGCACAGUCAGUGCUGGUACCACCAGGACCUGACAGCUUCCGCUUCUUCACCAGGGAAUCCCUUGCUGCUAUUGAGCAACGAAUUGCAGAGGAGAAAGCUAAGAGACCCAAGCAAGAGCGCAAGGAUGAAGAUGACGAAAAUGGCCCAAAGCCAAAUAGUGACUUGGAAGCAGGAAAAUCCCUUCCAUUUAUUUACGGAGACAUUCCCCCAGGGAUGGUGUCGGAACCCCUGGAGGACCUGGAUCCAUUCUAUAUCAAUAAGAAAACAUUUAUAGUAUUGAACAAAGGAAAAGCAAUCUCUCGGUUCAGUGCCACCUCCGCCUUGUACAUUUUAACACCCUUCAACCCUAUUAGAAAAGUAGCUAUUAAGAUUUUGGUACAUUCUUUAUUCAAUGUGCUUAUUAUGUGCACAAUUCUGACCAACUGUGUAUUUAUGACUAUGAGUAACCCUCCUGACUGGACGAAGAAUGUGGAGUAUACAUUUACAGGAAUUUAUACUUUUGAAUCACUUAUAAAAAUACUUGCAAGAGGCUUUUGUUUAGAAGACUUCACAUUCCUGCGGGAUCCCUGGAAUUGGUUGGACUUCACAGUCAUUACUUUUGCAUAUGUGACAGAGUUUGUGGACCUGGGCAAUGUCUCAGCGUUGAGAACAUUCAGAGUUCUCCGAGCAUUGAAAACAAUUUCAGUCAUUCCAGGCCUGAAGACCAUUGUGGGGGCCCUGAUCCAGUCGGUGAAGAAGCUCUCAGAUGUCAUGAUCCUGACUGUGUUCUGUCUGAGUGUCUUUGCCCUGAUAGGACUCCAGCUCUUCAUGGGCAACCUGAGGAAUAAAUGUCUACAGUGGCCGCCAGAGAAUUCUACCUUUGAAAUCAACAUGACUUCCUUAUUUAAUGCUUCACUGGAUAUGAAUGGUACCAUUAUCAACAGAACAGGGAUGUUUAACUGGGAUGAAUAUAUUGAAGAUAAAAGUCAUUUUUAUUUUCUGGAAGGGCAAAAUGAUGCUCUGCUUUGUGGCAACAGCUCAGAUGCAGGCCAGUGUCCAGAAGGUUACAUCUGUGUGAAGGCUGGUAGGAACCCUAACUAUGGUUACACAAGCUUUGACACCUUCAGUUGGGCCUUCUUAUCCUUAUUUCGACUCAUGACUCAAGAUUUCUGGGAAAACCUUUAUCAACUGACACUGCGCGCUGCUGGGAAAACAUACAUGAUAUUUUUUGUGCUGGUCAUUUUCUUGGGCUCAUUUUACCUAAUAAAUUUAAUAUUGGCUGUUGUAGCCAUGGCCUAUGAAGAACAGAACCAGGCAACACUCGAAGAGGCAGAACAGAAAGAAGCUGAAUUUCAGCAAAUGCUUGAACAGUUAAAAAAGCAACAAGAAGAAGCUCAGGCAGCAGCGGUGGCAGCGGCUUCCACGGAAUCCAGAGAGUUCAGUGGAGCUGGUGGGAUGGGCGUUUUCUCAGAGAGCUCUUCAGUAGCAUCCAAGCUGAGCUCCAAGAGUGAGAAGGACAUGAAAAACAGAAGGAAAAAGAAGAAACAGAAGGAACAAUCGGGAGAAGAAGACAAGGAAGAGCGCUUCCGCAAAUCGGAAUCGGAAGACAGCAUACGGAGAAAAGGGUUCCGCUUUUCCUUAGAAGGCAGCAGGCUGACUUAUGAAAAGAGGUUUUCUUCUCCACACCAGUCUUUGUUGAGCAUCCGUGGCUCCCUUUUCUCUCCAAGACGCAACAGCCGAGCAAGCCUUUUCAGUUUCAGAGGUCGGGCAAGGGACAUUGGCUCUGAGAACGACUUCGCCGACGAUGAGCACAGCACCUUUGAGGACAACGACAGCCGCCGGGACUCCCUGUUUGUGCCCCGCAGACACGGGGAGCGGCGCCACAGCACCGUCAGCCAGGCCAGCCGCGCCUCCCGGGUGCCCCCUGUGCUGCCCUUGAACGGGAAGAUGCACAGCGCCGUGGACUGCAAUGGUGUGGUCUCCCUGGUGGGGGGCCCGUCCACCCUCACCUCGCCCACCGGACAGCUCCUGCCAGAGCGGUGCUAUAGAAUAGCACCAGUAGAACUGGUUUUCCGGCUAAAUCAUUAUGAAAAACUUGAAGAAUCCAGACAGAAAUGUCCACCCUGCUGGUAUAAAUUUGCUAACAUGUGUUUGAUCUGGGACUGCUGUAAACCAUGGUUAAAGGUGAAGCACAUUGUCAACCUGGUCGUGAUGGAUCCGUUUGUGGACUUGGCCAUCACCAUCUGCAUCGUCUUAAACACGCUCUUCAUGGCCAUGGAGCACUACCCCAUGACGGAGCAGUUCAGCAGUGUGUUAUCUGUCGGGAACCUGGUCUUCACUGGGAUCUUCACGGCAGAAAUGUUUCUCAAAGUCAUUGCCAUGGACCCUUACUAUUAUUUCCAAGAAGGCUGGAAUAUUUUCGAUGGUUUUAUUGUGAGCCUCAGUUUAAUGGAAUUGGGUUUGGCGAAUGUGGAAGGAUUGUCAGUUCUCCGAUCAUUCCGGCUGCUCCGAGUUUUCAAGCUGGCAAAAUCCUGGCCCACACUGAACAUGCUGAUAAAGAUCAUUGGUAACUCAGUGGGGGCUCUGGGUAACCUCACCUUGGUCUUGGCCAUCAUCGUCUUCAUUUUUGCCGUGGUCGGCAUGCAGCUCUUUGGGAAGAGCUACAAAGAUUGUGUCUGCAAGAUCUCCAGCGACUGUGAGCUCCCCCGCUGGCACAUGUCUGACUUCUUCCACUCCUUCCUGAUCGUGUUCCGAGUGCUGUGUGGGGAGUGGAUAGAGACCAUGUGGGACUGUAUGGAGGUCGCUGGCCAAACCAUGUGCCUUACUGUCUUCAUGAUGGUCAUGGUCAUCGGGAACCUAGUGGUCCUGAACCUCUUCCUGGCCUUACUCUUGAGUUCAUUUAGUUCUGACAAUCUUGCUGCCACGGAUGAUGAUAAUGAAAUGAACAAUCUCCAGAUUGCUGUGGGGAGAAUGCAGAGAGGAAUAGAUUAUGUGAAAAGAAAACUCCGUGAAAUCAUUCAGAAAGCCUUUGUUAGAAAGCAGAAGGCUUUAGACGAAAUUAAACCUCUUGAAGAUCUAAAUAACAAAAAAGACAGCUGUGUCUCUAAUCAUACCACAGUGGAAAUAAGCAAAGACCUCAAUUAUCUCAAAGAUGGAAAUGGAACCACCAGUGGCAUAGGCAGUAGUGUAGAAAAGUAUGUUGUGGAUGAAAGUGACUACAUGUCAUUCAUAAACAACCCCAGUCUCACGGUGACUGUACCAAUUGCAGUUGGAGAAUCUGACUUUGAAAAUUUAAAUACUGAAGAAUUCAGUAGUGAGUCAGAUAUGGAAGAAAGCAAAGAGAGUGAUUUUUAUUUUCCUUUACUGAUCACAUCUAUUUUAGACUGUGUACGGAAGUUCAAGUGCUGUCAGAUAAGCAUAGAAGAAGGCAAAGGGAAACUCUGGUGGAACCUGAGAAAAACGUGCUACAAAAUCGUGGAGCACAACUGGUUUGAAACCUGCAUUGUCUUCAUGAUCCUCCUCAGCAGUGGGGCACUGGCCUUUGAAGACAUAUAUAUUGAACAGCGAAAGACCAUUAAAACGAUGUUAGAAUAUGCCGACAAGGUUUUCACCUACAUAUUCAUUCUGGAAAUGCUUCUAAAGUGGGUGGCGUAUGGCUUUCAAAUGUAUUUUACCAAUGCGUGGUGCUGGCUAGACUUCCUGAUUGUAGAUGUUUCAUUGGUUAGCUUAACAGCAAACGCUUUGGGGUACUCGGAACUUGGUGCCAUCAAGUCCCUGCGGACGCUCCGAGCCCUGCGGCCACUCCGAGCCUUAUCGCGGUUUGAAGGAAUGCGGGUGGUUGUAAAUGCGCUUUUAGGAGCCAUUCCAUCCAUAAUGAAUGUACUCCUGGUGUGUCUAAUCUUUUGGCUAAUAUUCAGUAUCAUGGGCGUGAACCUCUUUGCUGGUAAAUUUUACCACUGUAUCAACUACACCACUGGAGAGAUGUUUGAUAUAAGCGUUGUCAACAACUACAGUGAGUGUAAAGCCCUUAUAGAGAGCAAUCAGACUGCCAGGUGGAAAAACGUCAAAGUAAAUUUUGAUAAUGUGGGACUUGGAUAUCUUUCUCUGCUUCAAGUAGCCACAUUUAAAGGAUGGAUGGAUAUCAUGUAUGCAGCUGUAGACUCUCGAAAUGUAGAACUGCAGCCCAAGUAUGAAGACAAUCUGUACAUGUACCUUUAUUUUGUCAUCUUUAUCAUUUUUGGUUCAUUCUUUACUCUGAAUCUCUUCAUUGGGGUCAUCAUAGAUAACUUCAACCAACAAAAAAAGAAGUUUGGAGGUCAAGACAUUUUUAUGACAGAAGAGCAGAAGAAAUACUACAAUGCAAUGAAAAAACUCGGUUCAAAGAAACCGCAAAAGCCCAUACCUAGACCUGCUAACAAAUUCCAAGGAAUGGUCUUUGAUUUCGUAACCAAACAAGUCUUUGAUAUCAGCAUCAUGAUCCUCAUCUGCCUCAACAUGGUCACCAUGAUGGUGGAAACAGAUGACCAGAGUCAAGAAAUGACCAACAUUUUAUAUUGGAUUAAUCUGGUGUUUAUUGUUUUGUUCACUGGAGAAUGUGUGCUGAAGCUCAUCUCUCUUCGUUAUUACUAUUUCACUAUUGGGUGGAAUAUUUUUGACUUUGUGGUGGUCAUUCUCUCCAUUGUAGGUAUGUUUCUGGCUGAGCUUAUAGAAAAGUACUUUGUGUCCCCUACCCUGUUCCGAGUGAUCCGCCUUGCCAGGAUCGGCCGAAUCCUGCGUCUGAUCAAAGGGGCCAAGGGGAUCCGCACCUUGCUCUUCGCUUUGAUGAUGUCCCUUCCCGCGCUGUUUAACAUCGGCCUCCUGCUCUUCCUGGUCAUGUUCAUCUACGCCAUCUUUGGGAUGUCCAACUUUGCCUAUGUUAAGAGGGAAGUUGGAAUUGAUGACAUGUUCAACUUCGAGACCUUCGGCAACAGCAUGAUCUGCCUCUUCCAAAUCACCACCUCUGCUGGCUGGGAUGGCUUGCUGGCACCCAUCCUGAAUAGUGGGCCUCCUGACUGUGACCCUGAUAAGGUUCACCCUGGGAGCUCAGUGAAGGGAGACUGCGGCAACCCAUCGGUGGGGAUUUUCUUCUUCGUCAGCUACAUCAUCAUCUCCUUCCUGGUGGUGGUGAACAUGUACAUCGCUGUCAUCCUGGAGAACUUCAGCGUGGCCACGGAGGAGAGUGCAGAGCCCCUGAGCGAGGACGACUUCGAGAUGUUCUACGAGGUUUGGGAGAAGUUUGAUCCUGACGCCACCCAGUUUAUCGAGUUUGUCAAACUCUCAGAUUUUGCUGCUGCCCUGGACCCGCCUCUUCUCAUCGCCAAACCCAACAAAGUCCAGCUCAUCGCCAUGGACCUGCCCAUGGUCAGCGGGGACCGGAUCCACUGCCUCGACAUCCUGUUUGCCUUCACAAAGCGGGUUCUGGGGGAGAGCGGGGAGAUGGAUGCCCUUCGGAUACAGAUGGAAGAGCGAUUCAUGGCAUCGAAUCCCUCCAAAGUCUCCUACGAGCCCAUCACCACCACUCUGAAACGGAAACAAGAGGAGGUGUCCGCCAUCGUGAUCCAGAGGGCUUAUAGACGCUACCUCUUGAAGCAGAAAAUUAAAAAGGUUUCAAGUAUAUAUAAGAAAGACAAAGGCAAGGAAGGCGAGGGAACGCCAAUCAAAGAAGAAAUCCUCAAUGAAAAACUCAAUGAGAAUUCCACUCCGGAGAAAACCGAUAUGACACCUUCCACCACGUCGCCGCCCUCCUAUGACAGUGUGACCAAGCCGGAAAAAGAAAAAUUUGAAAAGGACAAAUCCGAAAAGGAAGACAAAGGGAAAGAUAUCAGGGAAAGCAAAAAAUAAAAAGAAACAGGGAAAAUUCACUGAGUGAUCAGUGGUUUACAGCCUGCGAUGGUGAUGUAUGUAUGUCAACAGGUUUCCCACAGGACGUCCAUGCCAAACGGACUGUUUUUACAAAUGUAUACUUAAGGUCAGUGCCUAUAACAAGACAGGGACCUCUGGUCAGCAAACUGGGACUCAACAAACCAGAGAAAUAGCAUCCACGGGAGAUUGCUGUUUUCACAACCAGCUGACACUGCUGAAGAGCAGAGAUGUAAUGGCUACUCAGACUAUGGGAACCAACUUAAAGGGGGGAGGGAAGUAAAAUUUUUAUGUAAACUCAACAUGUGACACUUGAUAAUAGAAAUUGUAACCACUGUCUGUGAUUUAAUUGCCACAUCUGCCAUAUUUCUACAAAAUGUGUGCUGUGAAUUUAUCACCUUUUAAUUUUUAAUUCACAGCUUGUUUACUAUUAUCUGUGACUAUUUUUGUAAAUGGGUUUAUGUUUGGGGUGAGGGAUCUGAGGGAGGGAAUUCUGCAUUUCUCUGUUGUAUAACAGGGUGUGUUUUCAAUGAGAGCAUGCUGCAUCUCUUGUUCACACAUAACAAAAAUCACAUCACAAAAGGAGAGAACCACCUUCUUGUUCCAGGACGUUUUCAGAUUUUUGAGGUGCUUAAAUAGCUAUUCCUAUUUUUAAGGUGUCUCACCCAGAAAAAUUUUAAUGUGCCUGUACAUGUUCCAGAGAGUUCACAACACUGAAGAGUUGUUUUAUUUUUACAUGAUCCAUUAUAUGUGCAUGUAUAUAUGUAUGAAUGUGUACAAACAUAUAUCUGCAUACACACAUACUAUCACAUAGUCAUUCUGAGUCCCGGCAGCGUGAAUAUAACACUUUUCAUAAGUGUCCUUUGGCAUAUAAUAAAAAUAUCCUACCAGUCCUUUCUAAAAAACCUGAAUUGACCAAAAAAAAAAACCAACCCAUCCCCACCACCACUUUACCACUUUAUAAAGUUGAUUCUGCUUUUUCCUGCAGUAUUGUUUAGCCAUCUUCUGCUCUUGGUAAGAUUGACAUAGUGUAUGUCAUGAAAAAAAAAUCUGCUUUGUAAAUAGUAAUUUUACCCAGUGGUGCAUGUUUGAGCAAACAAAAUGAUGAGUGAAGCACAGUAUUUAUUGCAUCAAAUAUGUACCACAGUAAGUCUCAUUUGCAAGCUUUCAACAGGUGACAUGACGCUAUUGGUUCCAGUAUCGUUUGAAGCCGUCCCUGCUGCAUGUUUCUCUUGCCUACGCUGCUGUGUUUCUUCCACUGUUCAAAAGUCCAAUAUGGGAAGCCAUAUGUCAGUGGUAAAGUAAAACAGAUUCUUCAACUAAGACCUCAUUCUUCAUGUCAUUAAGCAAUAGGUUGCAGCAAUCAAUGAAGAGCUUCUCGCUUUUACUCCUUCCAACUUUAAUUGAACACUCUUUGGCGAAGAGCCUGACUGUACAAACAUGUUGCAAGCUGCUUAAAUCUGUUGAAAAUAUACGCUUAGAGUUUUCUAAGAAAAUAUAAAUACUGUACAAAGUUCACUUUAUUUUCUUUUUCAGCCUUUUGUACAUAAAAUGAGAAAUCUAAAGUAUCUUCAGGGUGGUGUCACAGUCACUAUUGUUAGUUUCUGUUGCUAGCACUUUUCAAUUGAAGCACUUCACACACACACAAGAAGCACAGACAGCGACAGUAGGUUUCUGCAUUUUUCCUAGUACUGUAAACUUGCACAAAUUUCAAUGUGAAAGGAAUCUCAGACUGACUCCAGCGUUUAUUGGCUUUCAAAUAGUAAUCCCUUGUCAGCAAAAGAGGUUUACAGAAGGAUGAGUUGAUAUUCUAGGUAUCAUUUGAAUUUGAUGUUUCCACCUAGUCUUUUCAAAUCAAUAAAUUAUCGGUCUCUUCCAGUGUUUGUUCACAAAGAUAGCUCUUUUCCUUACUGACUCGUAUCAUCCUACACCUGUACCACAUAUGACACAGGAGUCAUGCUUUUUUGCCCCCUAACAAAUCCAGGUAGCUAAAUGAUCUUACUAGUUACAGCAAACAUGUGUUUCUUUCACAAGCAACAUUAAAUGUAGACUCUUUUUACUAAAGCUUUUGACUUGUAGUGUGUUGGUGAAAUGCAUGCCGGAAAAUGCUAUUUCCAUAAAGAACAGUAAUCCACAUUACAACCAAGCCAAAAGAAGAGAGGUUUUGCUUUUGUUUUGGAUUUAAUUGUUCUGUCUUUGUUUUUAUCUUUGAAAUGCCUUCUGACGGUACAUUCCUAUCAUGUACAAGUGAUCUGAAAUAAUAAAUGUAAAGAAUACAUAUUAAAGAUAAUAAUUCAUCUUUAUGAUUUUUCAAGGAAUGGAAAUUAAUUCAGAACUGUAAUGAAUAUCGGCCAAAAACCUAGAUAUGGCAUUGGGUAGAGUAGUGGAAAGCUACAUAAACUAAUAAAAAAUUGACUAAUA